UGUACACUACUACAUACUUACGUUCUUGCUUUGUGCGCUUUGCAAAAAUAAGUUUAGAUGGUUUAAUGUGAGUUUUUUUGCGAGUUUAUUUCUAGUAACUAAACGGUACUGCCAGAGAGAAACGCACGCACGCGCGUACAGUGGUUUUUGAAUAGAUUCAAUUUCGUACAGAUCGGUUCUUUCGUAAAAUUCCAGAUUUUGUGAAGUUCUCAGAUUUUGUAGUUUCAUACGCCAGUCAAUCAGUACGGGUAUUUGAAGGAUUCGUAUUGUCCCAGACAGUGGAGUACGAUCGAAACCACUAAAAUUCAUUUCGAUGUUCGAGUUAAAUAUUGCAUGAUCGGUAUGAUUUUGUGUCCUUGUAUCUCCUUUGCCCAGAUUUGUCACUUCUGACAGUUGCACAAAAUCAGAAUCGGAGAAUUGCAACUGCUUAAUUUUGAGCUUCAAUUUUUUCGGGUGAAAUAUAUUUGGCUUUUUGCGGCACAACAAGUGUUCUAAUCCGGAAAUGUCUCGCUCGGCGUAUUUUAUUAACAGUUCAAACACCAUCGUGGAUGAUAAUCUUGAAGGAACAGUGCUUUAUUGCGACGGCGCUUAUUUGGAUAAAAAGCAUCGCAUUGUUCUGCGAAAAGAUCUGGAAACUCUCAAAGCGACCGGUAAAGUUAUUUUGAUUUGUGGCGGCGGAAGUGGACAUGAACCAUCUCACGCGGGUUUUGUCGGAAAAGGCAUGUUGUCAGCGGCUGUGUGUGGAGAUAUCUUUGCUUCCCCACCAGUUAACAACAUCCUCACUGCUUUACACGCCACAUAUUCCCCAGCUGGAACUGUUGUGAUUGUAAAAAACUACACCGGGGAUCGACUGAAUUUCGGUUUGGCCAUCGAACAAUUCAAAAUCCAUAAUGUGGACGCCAAAAUUGAUAUGAUUCUUGUGGAGGACGAUGUGGCUACACGUAACAGCCCGGUUGGUGCGCGGGGCAUUUGCGGCACGGUCUUUCUCUAUAAAAUUCUCGGCGCGCUGGCAGAAAACGGAAACUCUUUUGGAGAAAUUGUUGAAUACGGACAUCAUUUGCAGAAAAAAAUUCUUACCCUUGGUGUUUCCUUGGCCCACUGCUGUAUUCCGGGACAAAAGGUCCGGAGAGCGGAUGUCAAAAAAAGCGACGGCAAGGCGAGCACGGAAACAUAUGAGAUCGGUCUGGGUAUCCACAACGAAGAGGGCGUGGAAAAGCGCCCAUUGGAAACCGUAACCGCCGUCGUGAAUUCCUUGCUUCAGACGUUGUUGGACAACUUACGUCAAGCUGAUCACGAUCGAUUUGUCCUGAUAUUUAACAACCUUGGAGGAUUAUCCCAGAUCGAGGUUAAUAUUGUCGUAAAGGAAGUCAUUUCCGGUGCACAGGGGAAAGGUUUAUCAAUUCCCAGUAUCUUCGUCGGAUCGUUUAUGACAUCGUUGGCAAUGCCCGGGUUUUCAGUCACAUUGAUUCCGCUGGACGACCACACUGAACGCUGCUUGACCUCGACGACUGACUGCCCUUUCUGGCCGAGAAUGCUGCCGGUUAAUAGGGAGCCCUUUUGCACUUUGCCAGAAAUUACUGCCCAUACACCGGAAAUUAAAUCCAUGGAAAAGGACAGUAGCCACACCUUUUCUGACGACAACAGUACAAAAUUUAGGCUUGCGUUAAAUAACGCCUGUGAUAUUGUAAUACAGGAAGCCGACCGGUUGAACGACAUUGACGCUGCUGCCGGAGACGGGGAUUGUGGAACGACGCUGAAACAACUCGGGGAAGAAACCAAAGUUAUGAUAGCCGACGAAACAACAAAUUUCAAUAAUCCCACAGAAGUUUUUUGGAAAUUGUCGGUAAUUGCCGGGAAUACAGGUGGCACUAGUGGUGCUUUAUACGGAAUUCUCUUCGGGGCGUUCGCUUCCAAAUUGAAGAACGUUAACGACCGGGCUAACUGGAGUUACGCACUUGAAGGUGCAUUAGACAUUUUUAUGCGGUAUUCCAGAGCGACACCUGGUCAGAAAAGCAUGCUAGAUGCAUUGGUCGCACUAGAGCAAUCAAUGCGACCCCUGAGGGAAGCAUCGGUGAGCAUGCAGAAUGUUUUGUUACAAUGCGUGAAAGAUGUAGAAAUGGCAGCGGAAAACACUAAAAACUUGAGCGCUGCGGUUGGACGAGAAAGCUAUUCUGGAAAAUCGGCGACCGGCAUACCGGAUGCGGGGGCGUAUUGUGUCGCUCUUUGGGUUAAAGCCGCCGGAGAAUCAUUACUGCAGACAUAAUGCAGCUACCAGAAAAAGUGGAUCACUGUGGUUCAUGGGUGGAUUCAUUUUUUAAAGCAAGCUUUUAAUUGAAUUGCAUUGCUGAGGCUUAAAGUUUUCAGAUUACAAUGAAAAUGCAAUUUUGGCUGUUUGUAGCUGUUCAGUUUUAUCGGUGAUGCGUACAGUAGAUUGCUUUAGAAGGUACGAAAUAGACAGUAGUUUAUUACGUACUGGUGAAGUUAGCGGUGGGUUGACGACAGUGACAAUAUUGCAC